GCAGAGCAACAUUAGUCUUCCACCCUCUAACCAUCACUACAGCUUGGGAAACUGCCGGGUCACAUCCAUUUGCAUUGGGAAAAUGGGCGAUGUUUGGUGCUAGAGAAACAGAUCGAUCACCCUUGUGAUUCUCCCUGCUCCUGUCCCAGCUUCCCCAACCCUUACCCACCCCAGACAAUAGCCUCCGAGGUCCCCCAGAGGAAGGAGCGGGGAUGGAUCUGACUCCGGUAGGAAAAGCGCGUGUCUAGAAGUGGUGCUAAUGGGAAGAGAUGCUGUGAUCCAAAGGAGGAUGAUUUGUCACAAAGGGUAGCUGGCUCAAUGCUUUGGGCUGGAGCCGUGUAGGAGAUCAUUGGAGAAGUCAUUGUGCACCGAAGUCAGUGAGCCGAAGAUCUAUACAAACAUGCCUGUUCGCAGAGGGCAUGUGGCACCACAAAAUACAUUUUUGGGCACAAUCAUACGAAAAUUUGAAGGGCAAAAUAAAAAAUUCAUCAUUGCUAAUGCAAGAGUGCAGAACUGUGCUAUCAUCUACUGCAAUGAUGGGUUUUGUGAAAUGACUGGAUUCUCCAGACCAGAUGUCAUGCAGAAACCCUGCACUUGUGAUUUCCUCCAUGGGCCAGAGACCAAAAGGCACCACAUUGCCCAAAUUGCCCAGGCUCUGCUUGGGUCAGAGGAGAGAAAAGUGGAAGUCACAUAUUAUCACAAAGAUGGGUCCACCUUCAUUUGCAACACCCACAUAAUCCCAGUGAAAAACCAAGAGGGAGUAGCGAUGAUGUUUAUUAUUAACUUUGAGUAUAUAACAGAUCAUGAGAAUGCUGAGUCUCCUGAGAAGUUCAACCCAAUAUUGCCAGCCAGAUUUGUAAAUCAUGGCAACAACCUUUCAAGUGGCUCUUCUUCAGGCAGACUUUUCGGAUUCAAGUUACCUGGAUUAAGACUCUUAACAUACAGAAAGCAGUCCUUACCGCAGGAAGACCCUGAUGCAGUUGUAGUCGAUUCAUCUAAGCACAGUGAUGACUCAGUGGCUAUGAAGCGCUUUAAAUCCCCCACAAAAGAAAGCUGCAGCCCUUCUGAAGUGGAUGACACAAAAGCACUGAUACAGCCCAGCAAAUGUUCUCCUUUGGUUAAUAUAUCAGGACCUCUUGACCAUUCAUCACCUAAACGGCAAUGGGACCGACUAUACCCAGAUACACUGCAGACGAGUACACCACUAACUCAUUCCAGAUCAAAGGAAAGCAUUUGUAGUAUAAGAAGAGCAUCUUCAGUGCAUGAUAUAGAAGGAUUUAACGUCCAUCCCAAAAACGCUUUUAGGGACCGUCAUGCAAGUGAAGACAAUGGUCGCAAUGUCAAAGUUUCACGCUCCUGGAUGGCAGGGGGGCCUUUCAAUCAUAUCAAGUCAAGUCUUUUGGGAUCCACAUCAGAUUCAAACCUCAACAAAUAUAGCACCAUCAACAAAAUUCCUCAACUCACCCUGAACUUUUCAGAUAUCAAAAGUGAAAAAAAAUCUUCAUCGCCUCCUUCUUCAGAGAAAACAAUUAUUGCACCCAAAGUGAAAGAUCGAACGCACAAUGUAACAGAAAAGGUUACCCAGGUAGGAUUUCAAUCCAAUACUUGUUUACAAUCCAAUACUCUUUGUUUUCUGAAUUCCUAG